AGAAUUGAUGCAUGAUGAGUAUAUGUAUCCGUUAUAGUCGUUGAUGAUGUAUUUCUUAUAGUAAGAAGUGUUGCUGCCAUUUAUUUCUUUAUUAAAGAGAGAAAGGUUGUUUAAAUAAAGGACGAAUGAAUAGAAAAUUAUUAAUUUGACAAUGCCUUAGAAUAUACCAAAUAUUAGAUUAUUACUGACACACUAAGAGUAAAAAGAAGAGGCUAAAUAGAAGACAAUUAAAGAAUAUUAUGAUGUUAUUCAAUUAAUCGAAUCCAUUACUCGCAGGAUAUGAAAUAGCUGGUUCUUAGAAGUUAGGGG